ACAACUCUUUCCACGGAGGUUCUCUGCUCCACACGCCCUCCUCCCUAACACCGCCCUUUCUCCUCCCUCCUCUGGGCCAGAAGAGAGGAGCGCUCAACCUGAGGGAGCCGGCAGAGCCCAGCUCACACGCUCCACAGCACAUUCAUACAGCUGUUCAAAGCUGAGCAACUCCUCGCCGUCAGAGCUGAAGUAGGCUUCCCUGCAGCUGCGAGGGAACAUGACCUCACUGUAAAGACGGAGGCCGGCCUGAGACGCUGAUUCUUGAAAAGCAGUGCUUACAAAAGAAGACAGACCUCAGGAAGUCUCAUAUCAGGACAGAGCUGAGGGAGUGGGUUUAACGCAGUCCAGACCUUUGGUCCACUCAACCCCAUCCUUCAAGGUUUCACCUCUCAACCCUUGUCCAACAAGCCCCCCCCUCCCCCAGCACACUGAGCGAGGAGCAUCUCAGGGGAGCAGUGGGGCUCAGUCUAGGACAUUAUCUCAAACACUCUUUCCAUAACAGUCACCGGCAGCAGCAGCAGCUGUGCUAAUGGAGGCUCCAACCCUGGCUCUGAUGGAGGACCUGUGUCACCCCCGUUCUCCCUCUCCCGAGGGGGAAACGGUGUGUGCAGCUCUAGCCCGUUAUGAGAACACUUUGCGAGACACGAUUAGAGAAAUCCACGCAGAGGUCAGCACUUUUAAGCUUGACAUAGAGCGGCGCUGCGACGAGACAGCCAACCUGAGCGGCCCUCUCGGACGAGCCGUGCUUCAGCUCCAGCAGGAGAACCAGCAGCUCCGGAACCAGCUGGAAGCGCUCACGCGGCAAGUGGAGCUCCUGAAUGGUCUCACGUGUGAGCGGGAGGCGGUGAGCAAUAACCACAGUCAGAAUCACAAGAAUGAGCUGCAUGACAUACAGGAGGACCGUCAGGAUGUGAAGGAGGUGAUCUAUGGAAAAGGUCAAGACAGCACCCAGAGCCGGGCUCAUCACCACAUCCAGAACUUCACUUUGGAAAACCAGCCCCAGCCCUACAACAGCCAGUCGAGCCCUUCAUCAACCACUGCCUCCCUCCCUUGUUCCCUCACUAGCUCCAGCAGUCCUCCAGCUGCCUCCAGAGGGUCUUCCAUGAUACUGAGCCCAGGGACCAGCGGCAGCCCCUCCAUCACCCGCUUCUCCAGCCGAGCCACCUUCGCCGUUUCCACCAAGACCAACAGCAUUGAGCGGGAAGAGCCGAUAGAAGUGGACCCAGUUCCUAUACACACUGGACAGGAGAAUGGGCAUGAUGCUGCAGCAGAACAUUCAGCGUUGGCGCAGGGAAAGGCCUCGCCGCCCACAGACGGCCCUCUUCAACAUGCAGCACCCGUCACUUUGCGGAUGCCCCAUCUGCCUAUCACAGCUACAACCAAGACAGCUGAAAUCAAGGCCUCCGCCAUUUCUCCCAGCAGCCCUGUGGGCUCCGUGUCCCCCCCACGCUCCCAGGCUUCACCCAGCAACCAGUCAGUUCCCACCACCUCUCGUCCGCUGGCUGCAGAGGAUUCUGCCCUUCAGCCAGCAUCUGUUGCCAAGACGUGGACCCCAACAACUGCCCGCACUCUGGGAUCUCCAAAUCUCCAUGAGAAGGCAAACUCAGCUCCUGCUAAGUCUGUGACCUAUUCAGGUCUACUUCAGCACCGCAGAGAUGAUGACAUCAGCAACGACAGGGCCUCGGGCCAGGCGGGAGAGAGGAAGCGGGAGCUAGUGAGAUCCCAGACUCUCCCUCGUAACAUCGGCGCUCAGGCUCGUCGGUCUAUAUUCGAAAGAUUAGACUCUGACGCUGGAAACAAUCGCCCUAAACCAGCAGGGCUGAAGCGCUCUCAGAGUUUUGGCGUGUCGACUGCCAGCAGCAUCAAGCAGAUUCUUCUUGAAUGGUGCCGUUCCAAGACCAUAGGCUACCAGAACAUCGACAUCCAGAACUUCUCGUCCAGUUGGAGCGAUGGCAUGGCGUUCUGCGCCCUCGUCCACUCCUUCUUCCCCACGGAGUUUGACUACAACGCUUUGUCACCGGCCAAUCGCAAACACAACUUUGAGCUAGCCUUUGGGACUGCAGAAGCCAAGGCAAGCUGUGACCGGCUCAUCGAGGUAGAGGACAUGAUGAUCAUGGGCCGCAAGCCAGACCCCAUGUGUGUCUUCACCUACGUCCAGUCCCUCUACAACCACCUGCGCAAGUUUGAGUGAACCCCCAGCAAAUGUGGCCAGUUAGCUGAUGUAAAACAUUUCUGCACUGCCAGCUGUACAGCCCAGAGUUCAGUGGUUCCCAACGCUGGCCUGGGGGCCGUUAGGAAAGGCUGGGGCUCCCUCUAGUGGUGAGCCCUUGUAAUUUCCCCCUCGGCACAAAGGAAGCUGCUGCUGACUGUGAGAGUGCUGAGAGCUGGAAUCAUGGUACAUUGGACAAAUUUACUGUUACUGGGUUUGAACAGCAAUGACAGCGAUGGACUUGCGCACAGACGUCAGGGCUGGUUAGCUGUGAUGUUUUAUUUACUUUAUAAGUGUGUGUGUUGGUAGAUGUUGCUGUGAUGCAUAUACGUGUGAAAGAGGGUCAUUUUUUUUUCCAGAUUAACCUCUGUGUCAGCAGACAUGUGCUCUGUCUCCUAAAUCUCACUGAAAACACCAGGUAUCUGCGAUGCUCUGACAUGCUGCUCAGUUAAAUCUCUGGUCUGACACAAAGUUAACCAGGAAUGUGUGUGAUGAGCUGCUGAUUGACGGUUCCGUCCGAAUAUGCUGUGGGAUGCUGUGUUAUGAGGAUGAUUCUAAAAAGAGAAUGCAAACAAAACCAAUGAAAUGUUCUGUGUACAUUACAUGUUUUUUUUUUUUUCCCGAAAUAAAUAUCAAACAUCCAAUUGACUCUGACAGUCAAACCC